AUGAGCUUCCUGGGCGAUAUAGUCAAUUCGAUAGGCAGCGAGAAGUCACCCGCGCCACCAAAGCCCUCAAUUCGACCCCUCGGCCCAGCAUCACAUCGUCCCGAAGCCGAUGGUAAGACUGGGCCGCGACCCGGUCUUCCGGCAACAGCUUCACCACUCAAUGGGCUGAAGCGCAAAGCCGAAGAUGGCCCUACAAAGCCGAUCGAGAAACACAUCAAACCAAACCCUGCACCUGGCUUGACAAGCAGCGUAGCCCGACGACCCGCUGCGCCUGCUCUCCACGCGCCGAAAUCCCUUCCUGACAAGACGGUACCAGCUCCGAGACUAAAGAUCGAUGCUACGGCCAACUCCAAUAAAGCAGGCUCAACACCGCCGGUAACACCUACGAGUACGAAUGCCACUGCAAAAGCCCCCGCAAAGGGAUCAUAUGCAGACAUCAUGGCGCGGGCAAAACAAGCGCAAGAAGCAAGGAUGCAGAGCCAAGUUGGAAUGAUCAAGCACCAGGCAACGAACAGGGAGAAGGUUUCCAAGGUGGCAGAAAGAAAGCGUCAAGAAGAGGAGAAGGCAAAGUCUGCGAAAGGUAAACUUGGUGAACGCCACCCUUCUACGACAAAGCCCGACAACUCUCGCAGCGUUAGUCCCGCGAAGAAGGCAGAACAUGCACGGGUCAUCAAGACUCCACGGCCCCCUCUCCACGCUCCACCUUCAGGCUACAAAGGCACAAUGGGUCUUUCUUCGGGAAGAAGCCAAAAGCAGGCGCAGCGUAAGCGCACCAAAUAUGACGAGUAUCUCGGCACUGAUGAGGAGGAGGACGAUUCGGAUCUUGGCAGCUAUGGCAGAGAUGAGGAAGAGGACAAUUACGGAUCUGACGCUUCAUCUGACAUGGAAGCCGGGGCAUUCGACAUUGAUGAAGAAGAGAACAAAGCUCUCCGAGCUGCUAAGGAGGAAGAUGCGAGGGAGUUGGCGUUGGAAAAUCAAUUGAAGAAGGAAAAAGAAGAGCGCCGGAAGAGGCUGCUUGCCAUGGCUAACAAGCGCAAGUGA